AUGAUGGAGGGUGAUUUGACCCAACCUCCUGAGCAGGUGACACGUAGACUUGAUUCGACCAUAAUUGAUGCCUUCAUUUCUGCUUCUCAAAGGAGAUCCCUGGGUAUGUGCUCAUUUGGGGGCGGUGAGAUGAAGAGGAAGUCCAUCUCUUGCACUCAAUGUCAAGCCAGAGGGCACAUGCCCUGUCCCAUUUGUUCUAAUUUUCCAUAA